ACGACGUCACUGCUGGAGGGAGUGUCACGUGACCGCAGCACUGUACAGCAUGGCGUCUUCAUUGAUUUGCAGUGAGACACAGAGCAGAGUGAGCUCGGUCCUGAACAGAGACGUGAAGCAGUUUGGGAAGAAGUUCAUGUUCGACAGCAAUGAAGAGACCUGCUGGAACUCAGACCAGGGCGAGUGCCAGUGGGUGUCCUUGGAUUUCCCCAAAUCGGUCAGAGUGUCUGAGUUACAGGUCCAAUUCCAGGGAGGAUUCUCAGCUAAAGCCUGCAGAAUAGAAGGCUGUCCAAAGGACGGAGACCUGAGAGUGCUCAGCAACUUUUACCCAGAGGACAACAACUCACUCCAGAGCUUUCCCAUCCAGGAGGCCCCUGCUGUGGACAAAAUUAAAAUAAUGUUUGAGAAUAGUGUUGACUUUUUUGGGAGAAUUAUUGUUUAUUCCUUGGACAUCCUGGGGGAAACAGCCACAUGACCAUCUUUUUUAUUCUCUCAGGAGGGAGGAAGUGGCCACUGAGUGAAAUACAGGAUACGUGAUGCUGUAGUGGCACUUGGGAAACUUCAUCUGUAAUGCCACCUCAAAAACUGAUGUGAACGUGGCCUUUUUUGGUAAAAUUGCUCACAAGCAACCUUCUUUGUUCAAACGCACGUUGCAAGUUUUUACUGUAAAUUUAUUCGGCUUGCAGUGAUUACAAGAGCACUUGUAAACCAAACAUCCUUACAUGUGUUGUGCCUUUUGGUCAAAGUGCCAUUCCAGU